AACCACAGCACCACCCCCACCAUGCUUCUUCUUGCUGAUCUGUGGUUUCUGUAGCAGCCAAAGGAGAGAAGCCACCUGAGGGAAGGAAGGCCAGCACAGUGCCUAGGAGCAGAAGCAGAGAAGAGAGCCAAGUGAUGGGCACGGGCAGCCUGCAGUCUACCAUGCUGGAAGGGCAUGGCAUAAACCCGCCAGACCUGGACUUCUCUGCCAUCGAUGAUAAAAUCAUGUCCAGGAAGGCUUCCCGGCUUGACAGGGAAAUGACAGACAAAGCUAAGUCCACGUUGUUCGCUAGCUGUGACAAAACAGGAGUCCUUCGAAAGAAGAGAUGGGAUCUGCAGGAGACCAUGGACAUGAUGGAGUCGCAGACGCUGCUGAUGACCCUGCUGUCUGUGAAGAUGGAGAACAACCUGGCUGUGCUGGAGGAGAAGGCAGAGAAGGACUUGGCAGCCAUGUGCCAUGAGAAGGAGAGGCUGCAGAGGCAGGCACUGGAGCUGCGGCGCCAGCUGCUUCUCCGACAGAAACAGCAGGAGCUGGCCGCUGCCCUUGAUGCCCAGAUUGAAGUGCUAAGCCCUCUUCAGCCUGUGUUAGAGUGCUUCAAAGAGGAAUACAAGACACUGGGCAGAGCCCUGGACACCACGCGACACGAGCUGCCCACACAGGCUGUCCACAUGGAAGGAAGUGGGCAGGAGCUCCUAGAUGAUCUGGAGCCAGCCCUGAUGACCACCCUGCAGCUCCUGGGUGAUCUGAGCAUCUGCUCCCCAGAUGCCAGUGCACAGGUGCAGGGAGCCAGCACACAGCAGCCUGGAGCCAGUGCACAGCUGAACUGUUGGCUGAAGGAACUGAAGGGCUUGGUCGCUGAGAAAGACCUGGAGCUUGGCAGACUUGUCAGCCAGGUGGUGGAACUUUCCUCCCAGGCCAGUAAAGAAGCAGCUUUGACAAACCAGGAAGUCUGGGAAGAGGCAGAGGCCACCCUCACCAGCAGCCAGUGGUACUUCAGUCCAGAUGCCUGCAGGGACCAUAGUCCCACCCAGGACAGGACGGAUUACAGCAGGCCUGACCCUUGAUUGCCUCAGGCAGCCAGUGCUUCCGGAGCGUCCCCAGCUGCCUCUUCUGCUCAUUUGUUUCCUCAUGCCUCCUCCUUGUGGACUGAAGGAAGUUUGGUGGUCCAGUAUUCUGAAAAGCUUGUGCACUUUGGUUUUGGUCUGCUUUGGUUCUUGUCUUGAUGGUGCCGUUGAGGUGGGAAGACACAUCAGUCUUGGCAGCACCAUCCCUUGGGUUUGGGUCCUAGACUGAGUGAAGAAAGCAAGCUGAAUACAGUGUGAUGCAUUUGUUCUACCCGCUGCUAACUGUGUG